AUGGGGAAAUCUGCGCAAACGUAUAGCAAGCAUUUUGUUCCACUCGAGUCGAGCCCGGAAAUAUUCACAGAGCUUGCGCACAAUUUAGGGCUACCUGCGUCGUUGGAAUUUCAUGAUGUGCUUUCCCUCGAUGAUCCAGAGUUGCUCGGGAUGCUACCACGACCGGUGCACGGAUUGAUUUUAAUACUUCCGACGACAGAGACGUACGAGAAGAGAGUCGAGGAAGAGGAUACCAAGCUAGAGAGUUUGCAAGGCACCAGGCAAAACGGCGAUGUAGUGUUUUUCAGACAGACGAUUAACAAUGCGUGCGGGUUGUAUGCUAUUUUGCAUGUUGUAUGCAAUGGGCAGGUCAGAGAAAGAAUAGAAUCCGAUUCAAUCAUUGCGAGAGUGCUCAGUUCAAGCCGGACAAAUGAUGUAGAAGAGCUGGCUGGAGCUCUGGAGAAUAGCAAGGAGUUGGAGAAGGCAUAUGCUGAUGCUGCUAUCAAAGGCGAUACAGAUCCGCCAGUCAAUGCUGAAGACGAGGUGGAUUAUCACUAUGUUGCUUUUGUGCAAUCAUCCAAGAGUGGACACCUUUACCAACUCGAUGGAGACCGGAAACAUCCCAUUGAUCGUGGGACACUUGAAACCGACGAAGAUGUUCUUGUGAGCAAGUGUCUUGAUGUCAUACGCAAUAUGGUGGUACUUGAAAGCAACAAUGUCAACUUUAGUGUAAUGGCCCUGGUGGAAGGCGCAGAAGUGUAG